AUGCCUGUGAAUAUUACAAACAGAGACAACUACGGGAAAACCUCGCGCAAAUUCUCCUGCGGACACGACCUAGGUCCCGAUUGUCCAUUUCCACCAUCGCAUCGGUACCAUGACCAUACACAAAGGGGAAACGAGAUCAAAUUCCACUUUCCAUGCAUGCAAUGUGACAACCGGGAAAUAUGGAAAGAUUUGAAAAUCAUCAAAAAUGAGACAGAUGCCGAGUUUGAGCGCUUGGAGAGUGAGAGCGAUGAACAGUUGCGGGAGGAGAUGGAAAAGAAGGCUAUCCUGAAUACUCAGCUGGUGCUGCGGAGACUUCUAUUCGGGUUCGAAGCCCGUUGGAACGAGGUGCCGCAGCCCGAUUCUCCAGAUCCAGGACCGGCACGGGCGUCGCAGACGACCCCGGAAGGUUUUCGACUGAGUGUCGACAACAAAUAUCUAGACCCUGACAAUGCGACGACCCUCGAGGAGCUUAUGGCCUAUAUGGACUCGUUACUCGCCGAGAAUCGUUGA